AUGACAGUCCUCACAGACCUCUCCCCCCAUCUAGCACUAGUCACAGGAGCAACAGGCGGUAUCGGCAAAGCAACAUGUCUCGCGCUGGCGAAACUAGGCUGCUCCAUCGCCGUGCACUACAACACCGCAUCAUCCACAGCCUCAGAACUAGUAGAGUCGAUCAAAUCCCUUGGUGUCCGCGCCGCCAGCUUCCAGGCGGACCUCUCCUCUUACGACGGCGCUCGAAGCUUGCAUGCCUCGGUGAUCAAAGAACUCGGCCACCCAACUAUCCUGUUCAAUAAUGCGGGACUCACGCUGGGUAAGUCUGGGGUUAAGGAUAUUGGUGAGGUGAGUGUGGAGGAAUUUGAGGCGACUUGGCGCGCGAAUUGCGGGAGUGCGUACCUCUUGACUCAAUUGUGUGUGCCGGCUAUGGUGGAGAGGGGGUUCGGACGGGUGGUCUUCUGCAGUAGUGUCGCGGGGUUCACGGGCGGUCUUGUGGGACCGCAUUAUGCCUCAUCCAAGUCAGCAUUGCAUGGCCUGGUGCAUUGGCUGGCAGGCGCAUAUGCCAAGAAUGGCCUCACGAUCAAUGGUGUUGCGCCUGCUCUGAUCGAGGAGACGAAGAUGUUGCCUGGUGCUUCAGCUGAGUUGUCUGCCAAAAUUCCAAUCGGCCGUCUUGGCAAACCAGAAGAGAUCGCAGAGACGGUGCUUUGGAUCGUCAAGACCGGUUACGUUCAUAACAAAAUCAUAGCAGUUGACGGGGGGAUCAAAAAUCCAGCUCCACCAAUCAGCGCGGCCACGACCUUCACCAGUAGUACGUCAAGGCCUGCCACCAUCGCAUCGGCGCCAGAAGCCUGGUCUGAGGUAGCCGAGAACGUGGUCGGCGUUGACGAAGUCGUCGCCCGCGUGCCUGUCGCGCCGAACGCCACCGAUGACGACGCGGCUGCGCUUCCGCUUGCGCCCGAGGAGCCUUUGCAGCCGGAGAGGAUCGAGUUCUGGUUCUUAUGA